AUAAAAUGGACGAUUCACAGUUAGAUUUGGGAGCUUUAGAAGACAUUGAUCCAAGUUUAGAAGGAGGAUUUAAAAUACAAUUUGAUAGAGAAAUUCACAUAGAAACAAGGUAGAUUUUGAAUGAAUCAUGAUAAACUAGGGUUCAGGAUGCAAAUACAGGUCCGUAAGAGAUUGGAACAUUAGAAUUGGUGAGAGUGAAGAUUUUAGUUUAAGUUUGUUGUGUUAUAAUUAAAUUUAGGGAGAAUAACAAGCAUUCGAGAAUUUGAAAAUUGAGUUAACAAGUGAAACAGAUUUGUUUUUCAAUUACAUUACAAUGUAUAAUAUAAUUUGAACAUAGCAUAAAUAAGGACAAUUAUAAAAGAAUAAGGGAGGAAUAAAAACUAACUAUUGAAUAUCCUCAAUUUUUAUAAAUGUUGAUCAAGUUAUUAAACUCAUGUCACAAAGAGCCUAAUCAGUACAAAUUUAAAUUGAUUCAGUUUCUUCUGCGUGUUCUUUAUGCAAUAGGAUGGAGCAGCAAGACUUGAUUUUAUUGAGAAUCUAGAAUACAAAUUUAUGGAAAUGUUGUCAUUAGAAUUCAGCUCAGCUUCUGAAGAGACAAUUAGAUAAAAUGUUUCAUUUAGAUAUAAUUUAAUGAAGGCUAAGUUGCAAUUUGUUUAGAAUAGGUAUAGGGAAAUGCAAUGCUAUUUAGAUUGAAUGACAUAGCCUCUUUGAUAAAAUUGAAGAAUCCUUCCUUAUUAGUGUAAAUCAAUAAGGCAUCAGCUGGUGUCAGUUAAAAUCAAAGUACUUAAAAUGCUAGCAAAUACUUGGGACAAUCAAAAAAGAACAAUACAUCAAAAUUUGUUUGAUUUAGCUAAU